CGGGUCGCGCUGGAACCCGAAGAGAGAGAGAGAGAGAGUUACUUCUGCGCUUUUCUCGUUCCCCCCGAAGGAAGGAAAGAAGGGACUGAUGCGCGGGAUUGCGGUCUGGCCUGAUCGGUCUCCAUUGAUUGAUCUUUAGAUCUUAGUACAGCAACCGCGAGACGAUCUCGUGUUCACCAGGAUUUCGUGUACGAUGUCCUUGCUGGGUUCGAGAAUAUGGUCCUCGGGCAUAGCAUGCACCGGCCUCUCUGUUGAAGAGCUGGAUUUGAAAUUGAAACUUGGAAGGUUCGAUGGUUAUGUCAGGGCCGAUUUUAUCGUUCCGGGUUUGCGUGAUGAGAAAGUUGCCACCAAUUGCAUCCAUCUUGGGGUUAGAUCCAGGCCCCGUCCUAAUGCCGACCUAGCUGCGCAUAGAUUCACCACUGGAACUUUGAAUUCUUGGGAAAGAAGGGGGCUGAGGCGAGAUCUGGGAAAUGGUGAAGUCGAGAGAAGUGGAUUUGAGCUGGAAGAAGACGAGCUUUUCUCAGUUACUGCGGGGUCUGGGGACGAUGACGAGGUGGACGACGGGAAUGAAUUUCGAAGAACGGGGAGCAGACGACAUGCUGUUAGAAGGGGAAGAAGAGCAGCACUCCUUGUAGCUGGUUCUGUCGUGUUUUUAAAUUCCGCAUGUUUAUGCUGUUCAAAGGCCGAGGCUGAAGAAUGGGAUUAUGGAAAACCCAGCGGUGUGAAGAAAUGGCAAGGGCUUUGUGCAGCUGGACCCAAGCAAUCGCCCAUAGAUAUACCUCUGAGUAAAGCCAAACGCGGUGAAAAUCAAGGCGAGUUGAUAUUCGAAUACGUGUCUAGUAGGCCUACCAUCAUGAAUCCUGGACAUGGAACCAUGCAGGUGACUUUUCCACACGGUGAGAAUGUUUUGAGGGUUGGAGGCAGGACUUUGGAGCUCCUUCAGUUUCAUUUCCACGCUCCCUCAGAGCAUGCAUUCAACGGAGACCGUUUUGAUAUGGAGGCUCACUUGGUACACCGUGACGUGUUAAGCAAGAGACUCGCAGUUGUGGGGAUCAUGCUGGAUGCAAGCAAAUCUGCGCUGCCAAACAAGGUCCUAGCAGAAAGUCUGGCCUAUGCUCCCGCAGAACAUGACCGAUCAAUACAUGUUCAAAAUGUGACGUUUUCUCCCAGUCUUCUCCUGCCUCCCACUGCUAAGAAGGGAAAGAAAGGAUCUAGGGGCUAUAUUCACUACAUCGGUUCACUAAGCACUCCGCCGUGCUCAGAAGGUGUUGAUUGGUUCAUUUUAGAAAAAGCUGUGGAGAUUUCCACCUCACAGGUGUUGGACUUCAUGAAGUUCGCUGGGGAUGGACACUCUCUCGCCUUCAACUCUAGACCAUUGCAACCAUUGGGCGAUCGUGCCGUAUUCGAAGGCCCUUAGUGGAAGUAUAGAAUGGACUUCUUUUUAGCAGCGGCUGGAUUUCUUCACAGCUCAAUACCAAAUUGUCUAUCACUGUGAGUAUCUAUGGAUGUGAAACUUUCUUCUAUUAUUAUACCACAACACGUAUAGUUGGCAAGGUGACUUUUACGGUAAUGAGACUAUGAAAGUUACCUGGACCCACUUCAAUGUAACAAUACAGGAUUAAUAGAUAUUCUUUUGUGACAUACACCCGAAGUGUACAAUCCUAACUGAAAGCUAUUCCUUCAGCGGACUUUUUUUUAUUGGGAAUUGCGGCAGAUUUGGGCGUUAGUACUCUUCCUGUUGUAGACCUAAAGAGCUUUGCUACCCUAAGCAUGUGAGGUUUGCACCUGUAGAAUGAAAUUGUAGGAAGCCUGUUGGCAUCAUAGAUUGUAGUUUCAUGAAUCUGUCCUAUCACCUCAGUCCUGUCUACCGUACACAGCUUCGAUACGAUAGCUUUGGGAAUAUCGUUAAGAUUGCUUCAAAUGGUUUGCAUACCUUUGUUGUAUUCCACACUCUGUUGUACUUACCAGUGUGAAGUCAUGUGUGACCCAUGUCGGGGGUUGGCCUCUUUUCAUUCAAUCUAGGACCCU